CGGUCAAAGAAAAACAAUAACAUGGCAUCUGUUCCAACCAAGUCGUGUGUUUCAACUAAAUGCAGCCCUGACACUUCCUCUAAGCAAAUUGAUCUUCACACUAAGAGAAGUCACGGUGGCUCAGAAACUGACACCCCCUCCGACAACAGAACUGAAAAUAUCAAAAAGCGUAGAGGCAACAGGACGGACAGUGAUAAUUCUGAUGGCAUUUCCACAGAAUGUCACCAAUGUAGCAUAAGCAAAAAUACUUCUGAAUGGACACUACAAUGUCUAUCAAACUUUCAUAUCGAAACGGACAUAUCCGUACCAUCGAAUGAACUGAUGGGUGCAUACGAAGUAUUCACAAAUGGCUAUUUAUAUUUCAUAAACAAUAAAAAUAAAUGUGCAAACGUUGUAAGCAAUUUUGGAUCACGCAGUGAAGAAGACGAACAAAAAUGUGAUUGUUACAAAUAUGCAGUACAUGAUGUAUUUAAUAUCGACUGUCAUCACAUUGAUGAAGUUACUGAUGAAGACCUCCAUGACCUCAAGCAGAUUGAAACAGAUUUAUGGAUUGAUAAUUUUGUUGAAAGAAUUACUAGUACUAAACAACGCAAUGCUCGUGAAAGAAUUUGUAGAGAUUUAUCUAGGCACCUUAACAUGUUUAAAAGGCAGCUUAUCUAUAUGCUUAGAAGACGAAGAGGAAAUGAUUUAAGAGAAAUAUCUGAAGGAAUGUAUCAAGAAUUAUUUGUUUCAUUUGCAAGAAUAUUUGGCUUAAAUAUUUUGAGUGGUUCCAAUGUUGAAAAAUACACAUCACACAUAAACGACAGAGAUAUUGUUGCCUUACCAAAUGGAUUGAUAUGCCAUCCUACAGAUGUUAAUGAGGAUAAGAUAUGUGCUGUCAUUAAGGUGAAGGGGUACAGAGAAGAUGAAGGCAAUGAUUAUGUCAGUGAUUUGAGAAGUACAAAUAAUGCAUGUUAUGCCCAACACAUUGGAUCUUCCCUGAAAGGCCAACUUGGUGGACAAUUCCUAUGUACUUUACCAUUCUCAGUCUUUGGAAAUCAUGGAAUGUAUGGAUUCCUAGUACAAGGAACAAAUGUGAUGCUGACAUCUUUUAAACCAGAGGAUGGAUAUUAUACAAAUUUAUGUAAUGGAAAUUUGCAGAACAAAGGAGCAGUAAUGACAUACAGCAAAGAAUAUAAUCUUCUUAGAAAAGAAGACAGAAGACAGUUGGUACAAACAUUCUUAGACAUGGGCAAAUUACUAGAAUAUUUCUAGAAAACAAUCCUGUCAUUCAUUGAACAUUUACUGGCAAAUAUCCAGCAGUUAGAUUGCAUUGGUGGACUACUUGUCAGGGUUGCUUUUACCAUUUUCUGCUUUUGCAUCUGUCUGCAAAGGAGGAAUAUUACCAUCCAACAAGAGCAUCAAGAGGUAUGCUAUGAAGAAGAAGGGGUAGAAGAUCAGAACCCCAUUUCGCCUGAGCAACAGACUUACCAUCCAGUAGAUAUAGAUAAUGUGAUGGUAAAAAACCAGAAUGGAAGAAAAAAUGACAUUGACAAUACAAGUGAAGCUAUAUAUAUAUAUAUAUCAAGUAGAAGUUUAUCCAGUGCUAGUGAACAUUAAGAUUAUGGGAAAAUUCCUAUGAACCUUACAAUUUAAUAUACUCUUUAAGGCAAAGCACAUGUGUGCAGUAUUAACACUUUAUAUACUGAGAACAAAUGUAUAAAUACUGUUCUGUUAAACCACAUGGCACACAAUGUUAUUUUUUUUAAAUGAAAAUCAAAUUGUCAUUUGUUUGAAUACUCAGCAUUUCUGCUUAUGAUUUACAAGAAACAGAAAAGAAUUUUUGUUUUGAGCAAUGUUGAAAAUAAACUCAUAAUUAGAUAUUAAAUGAGACAAAGACAACUGUGCCUUUUAACGACGUAAAGAUUUGAAUUAUGUACAGAUUUUUAUUUCCAUACAUUAGAGACAUCCUUACUUUAAACUUUACUCAUAAUUUUCUUAUGUACAGCACGUUCAAACAAGAUUUAAUAUGGAUUGUCUCCCAUCUAAAAGCAGGAUCUAAGCUAAAAAAGAACCCCAAAUUCUCAAAUGUCCAUCACAUGUAUAGUAAGUUUUGUCUGAUAGCUCUGACACAAACAUAAUGAAGGAUUAAUUUUAAAAGUAGGGACAAGCUUCUUAAUAUUACUUUUCAUUUGAUUGUACUGGCCAGUGAGAUCUGGGUAAUAGCUAAAUUUACCAAGCCCUCAACUGCAUAUCAUUUUGAAAAGGUCUAGGCUAGGUUUAGAAAUACAUACUCACAAUAGGUCUUAAUAUGUACAUUAGGUUGACUGAACACCUUGAAUGAAAAUAUUUGUACACAAUACAUCAACAACAAUGCAUAUAUUAAUCAUUUUUGUCGAGCCUGCGACUUUUGUUGCAACGGCGAGACAUAGCGAUCCUACAUUCCGUCGGCGUUGUCUUCGGCGGUGUCCACAAAUAUUCACUCUGUGGUUAAAGUUUUUGAAAUUUUAAUAACUUUCUUAAACUAUCCUGCAUUUCAACCAAACUUGGACAGAAGCUUGUUUAUGAUCAUCAUGAUCAUAAGAUAGUAUCCAGAAGAAAAUUUUGUAAAAAAAAAAAUCCUGUUUAUCUGUAUUUUACUCAUGUAUGGACUUAGUUUUUCUGCCAGUUAACAUAACAUUCACUCUGUGGUUAAAGUUUUUCAAAUUUUAAUAACUUUCUUAAACUAUCCUGGAUUUGUACCACACUUGGACAGAAGCUUGUUUAUGAUCAAAAGCUAGUAUCUAGAAGGAAAUUUUGUAAAAAUGUAUUUCCUGUUUUUCUGUAUAUUACUUUUAAAUGGACUUAGUUUUAUUGUCAAGCCUGCGACUUUUGUUGCAGAAAGCUCGACAUAGGGAUAGUGAUCCGGCGGUGGCGUUAGCUAACUUUUUAAAAGUUUUAUAUUUUAGAAGGUGGAAGACCUGGAUGCUUCAUACUUUGUAUAUAGAUGCCUCAUGUUACGAAGUUUCCGUCAGUCACAUGUCCAAUGUCCUUGACCUCAUUUUCAUGGUUCAGCGACUACUUGAAAAAAAAUUUCAGAUUUUUUGUAAAGUUAAAUUCUCUCUUAUUAUAAGUAAUAGGAUAACUAUAUUUGCUAUGUGCAUACCUUACAAGGUCCUCAUGCCCGUCAGACAGUUUUCACUUGACCUCGACCUCAUUUCAUGGAUCAGUGGGCAAGGUUAAGUUUUGGUGGUCAAGUCCAUAUCAACAUAAUAUCAAUGAUUAAUAAAGAAGGCAAGACAUUUCCGAGUGUGCACUCUUGUUCCGGUUAAUAUUACGUACAGUCUGCAGUUAAAGUUUUUAAAACAUUUAUUAGAUUCAUAAACCUUCUUGGAUUUUUACCAAACUUGAACAGAACUUCUACAAUCAAAAGAUAGUAUCUAGAGGAAAAUUUUUAAUAAUUUUUUCCCCAUUUUUGUUGAGCCUGUGACUAACAGCAAAAGUAGGCGAGACACUGGGUUCUGCUGAACCCUUACAAAUUUUUUUUUUUGUAAUACAGCAUAUCAGUUUUAUUUGAACCAUUUUAGCCAGAAUCAUUUCUUUUGUAAACAACUCAAUUUUAUUUCAGUAAAAACUAUCUACUGUAAAUUCAGAAAUUAUUGCGUGCAUUUGUUAUUGCAAUUUCGUAAUUUUAGACUAAAAUGCGAUUUUAAUUUUUGCGAUAUUGAGAAAAAUCCUGUUUAAUUCAUAUAAAAUAUUUCAAAAUGAGAGUUUAAAUUAUUGCGAUUAUAACCCUGUCACAUUUUUCGCAAUAAUAAAAACAUCGCAAUAAUUUCGGAAUUUACAGUAAAGUUAAAAUGAGUCAAAAUUGAUUUGUCAACAUUUGACGCAACUAAAGACAAUUCUCAAGUCUAUAAACUGCUUUGAUACUUGUGAAAAGAAUUACAUAUAAAGCGGACUGCAUGAAUAUCUGCAUAGAUAUUUAAGCAUUGUUUAUCCAAACUAUGUUUUUCUAGUGUGAUGUACCUUACAUCACAUAAUAAUCAUUUAAACGAUAGUUAUGAAACUUCAUUACAAACCCAAAACAAAAAUGGUUCAUUAUGUAAUUGGUGAAAACUUAUCAACAUGAUCAAUUAGAGAUAGAUUUUUUGUAUUCAUAUUUUACAUAAUGUCCAUUUUUAGUUUCUAAUUUUAUAUCAUGUUUUAUUGAUUUAUUUUAGAUGAUGAAAAAUAAUUGGUAUAAGCUGUGAAUCUUGUUUUAGUGUCAUUGAUUAUUUUUAUCUCUUAUUAUUUAAAUCAAUUUGCUA